AUGUCGGUCAAACACGAUCACGACCCCUUUGCGACUCCGCUCGAAACCCUCUCGCACCAAAACGACCCGCUCGCAGAGACCGCAGGACUCAAGGCCGAUUACGACAAGCGUGCCUAUGGCGAAGCCAAUCCCGCCCUCCUUGGCACGCUUGAAAAAGAUGAUGACCUCGCGAACCGCCCCAUCGACGCCGUCGAAGAGGUCCCCACCACCUCCAUUCGCAAGUGGUGGGUGCGUCUCACCUGGCUCACCACCUGGUGGAUCCCUUCCUUUAUGCUUUCCAAGUGCGGUGGCAUGAAGCGUCCCGACGUGCAGAUGGCCUGGCGUGAAAAGUUCACCAUCUGUGCCAUCAUCUUUUGGCUGUGCGCCAUCAUCCUCUUCUACAUCAUCGCUUUCGGUCGCCUCCUGUGUCCAGACUACGACAAGGCGUGGAAUGAGAGCCAGCUGAGCCAGCAUGCGGGACAGAGCGAUUACUACGCCGCCGUGCGCGGUACUGUCUACGACUUUUCCAAAUUUUACAAGGGCGACCACUCGGACAUUACCAACUUGCAGACCAGCUCCGAACUCAUGCUCCAGCUUGCCGGCCAGGAUCUCACCGAGUACUUCCCCGUACCCCUCACCGUCGGCUGCCAGUCGCUCGUCUCGGACUCCUCGCUCUUUCUCCAGCCCACUGCAAACAACACGCCCGUCAUCCAACAGGCCAUCCACACCUCGGGCCCCUUGCAGUCUGAUACAGCUUCCAAGCUGUACAACAUCAACUGGUACCCGGACCGCUUCCUUCCCUUUGUCAACAAGCUUCGAAAGGGCUACUACGUGUACUCGAAAAAGACCAUCGCGGACCAGGGCCAGUGGAGGCAGUGGGCCGUCGUCAACAGCAAGGUCUACGACAUUUCUGACUACCUCAACACCAUUUCCCUCCACCAGACCAACCCCGCCUACUCGUUCCUCGACUCUUCUAUCGUCUCGCUCUUUAAGCAACAGGCUGGUGGUGACAUUACGGGCGAUUUCGAAUCCGCCAUGAGCACAUUCAAUGAGACCUACCGAGGUGCCACUCAGGCGUGUCUCGACAAUGUCUUUUAUGUCGGCAAGACCGAUUUCCGCAACACGGCCAGAUGCGAGGUCCAGAACUACCUCUUGCUCGCCUUCUCGGUGCUGCUCGUCGCCACCGUACUGGCCAAGUUUAUCGCCGCGCUCCAGCUCGGAACUAAGCGCACACCAGAGCAGCAGGACAAGUUUGUCAUUUGCCAGGUCCCCUGUUAUACCGAGGGCGAAGAGGAGCUGCGGAAGACCAUCGACUCACUCGCCGGUCUCGAGUACGACGACAAGCGAAAGCUGCUCUUCCUCAUCUGCGACGGUAUGAUUGUCGGCAGCGGAAACGACCGCUCCACGCCGCGCAUCGUGCUCGACAUUCUCGGCGUCGACCCCAAGAUCGACCCAGAGCCGCUCAUGUUUAAAUCGGUCGCAGAAGGCUCCAAACAGCUCAACUACGCCAAAGUCUAUUCGGGUCUCUACGAGUUUGAGGGCCACGUGGUGCCUUACGUCGUCGUCGUCAAGGUGGGCCGUCCCAGCGAACGCUCGCGCCCUGGUAAUCGUGGUAAGCGUGAUUCGCAGAUCCUACUCAUGCGCUACCUCAACCGCGUCCAUUUUGACGCUCCCAUGUUCCCGCUCGAGCUCGAGAUCUAUCACCAGAUGAAGAACGUCAUCGGCAUCGACCCUGCCUUCUACGAGUACAUCCUCAUGGUGGACGCAGACACACGCGUCGAGGCCGAUGGUCUCAACCGUUUGGUGGCCAACUGUGCCGAUGACUCGAGCAUCAUUGCGAUUUGCGGAGAGACGACGCUCGACAACGCAGAGGGCUCGUGGUGGACCAUGAUCCAGGUGUACGAGUACUACAUUUCGCACCACCUCGCCAAGGCUUUCGAGUCACUGUUUGGCAGUGUCACGUGUCUGCCCGGUUGUUUCUCGCUGUACCGCAUUCGCAGCUCGGACAAGGGUCGUCCGCUCUUCAUCUCGAACCGUAUUAUCGACGAGUACUCGGAGAACCGCGUCGACACAUUGCACAAGAAGAACCUGCUGCACCUGGGUGAAGAUCGAUACCUUACUACGUUGGUCCUGAAGAACUUCCCUUCGUUCCGCACCAAGUUUGUCGCGCACGCCAAGGCGUUGACGAGCGCUCCGGACCAAUUUGGUGUGCUGCUCUCGCAGCGUCGACGAUGGAUUAACUCGACCGUGCACAACCUGGCCGAGCUGGUGCUCAUGCCCGAGCUCUGCGGCUUCUGUCUCUUCUCUAUGCGAUUCAUCGUGUUCAUCGACCUUCUGGGAACCGUGAUCCUGCCUGCCACUGCCAUCUACCUCGUCUACCUCAUUGUCACGGUGGCGACAAAGUCUGCCGCAAUCCCUUACAUCUCGAUUGCAAUGAUUGCGGCGGUGUACGGUCUGCAGGCGAUCCUGUUCUUGCUGAAACGACAGUGGCAGUACAUUGGAUGGCUGAUCAUCUACAUCCUGGCGUAUCCUGUGUUCUCGUUCUUCCUACCCAUCUACUCGUUCUGGCAUAUGGACGAUUUCUCGUGGGGUAACACGCGUAUCGUGGUGGGAGAAAAGGGCAACAAGAAGAUUGUGGCCGGUACCGACGACGAGCCAUACGACGAUACGAUGAUCCCGGUCAAGCGUUUCAGCGAGUACCAGCGCGAGGUGUGGCAGGAGGGCGCGGCGCCGUCGGUGCGAUCGGGCAUGACGGGAGCCAGUGGACCGUUUGGCAACUCGCAAGCUAUCCUGCACAGCGGACCGCCGAGCCUGUACAAAGCGGGAAGUGCGUACGCUGGCAGCGUCGCGGGCUCGGAUUACGGGCAAGGAUUCGGCGACUACUAUCAGAAUAACAACGUGCUGCAGAAGCCGGCGCAUUCUCGACAGACUUCGGCGGCUGCGCUCUCACAAAUGGGCGCUUCGCAGGCACCCUCGAUGGUGUUUGGCGGUACACCGUCGAUGUACGGCAUGCCUGGCAUGGGAUCGAUGUAUGGCAUGCCCGGAUCGUCGGCUUCGAUGUAUGGUCUGCCGACGCCCAUGGUGCACCCGACGGCGUCGAUGUACGGCAUGCCUCCAAUGCUUCCAAACCCAUUGGCGGUGCCGCAUUCUCCGGCCGGCUCGGACAUUGGCCUGACAAUGCCAGUCUCGCAGCAGAACACGGGUGGCAGCAACAUUUGGGCACAGCAAGACGUCGCGGGCGCCGCAGCAUCGCCAGGCGGAAGCGGGACAAUGGCACGGCCCAUCUCGACCUUCUCGGCGCUCAAUGCUUCCAACCCAUUCGCUGCAGCUCAAGCGCCACGAGCGUUGCCGAUCAACGAUGCAUCGGAUCCGACGGACGAAGAGAUCAAGAGUGCGGUGCAGACGUACCUGGCCAACCAGCCGAGUUUGAUGAAUGUGACCAAGCGAUCGGUGCGUGAAGCGUUGGUGGCGGCGUUCCCGAAUGCGGAACUGUCGUCCAAGAAGCAGAUGAUCAACAAGGCAAUCGACGACACGCUCUCGGGGGGUGCGCAGGCCUAG